CUGACCAGAUUUUUUGCAUAGGGCCUCUAUACGGUGGCGCUACUUAAUGAAUGGCCCAGAUCGAUCACGCUCGUGCCAUUCAAUGUGGUAAAUGACGAAGAUCAUAGUGUGCACUGCCUAAUGAGAUCGAUCACAGUUGUGUCAUCCACGCUUCUUCAGGCGACUAUGAUUUCAUUUACAACGGAUUCCGCGGCGCUAACAUAAGCCUAGAUGGCUCGGCAAAGAUCACAUCCAAUGGCCUCCUUCUUCUCACCAAUUCCUCAAGUCAAAAGGGCCAUGCCUUCUACCCCAAUCCCCUUCACUUCAAACCUUCACACAGUAAAAUUCAAUCUUUCUCUGUCAAUUUCGUCUUUGCGAUCAUGCUCCAGUAUCCAGGUGUGAGUAGUUCCGGGGUCUCCUUCGUUAUCUCACCUUCGAAAGAGUUCCCAGGAGGUCAACUAGGCCAAUACUGGGGCAUCUUCAAUCCGAACAACAUCGGCAAUUCAUCAAAUCACAUAGCUAUCAUCGAGCUCGACACGGCCCUUGAUCAAGAUUUCGGUGAUAUCAAUGAGAACCAUGUUGGAGUCGACAUCAAUGGCUUAGUUUCCAUCAAGUCCGCUCCUGCAGCUUACUUUAGUAAUAUGAGCGGCAGAUUUGAGAAUCUAACCCUGGUAAGUGGAGAACCGAUGAAUGUCUGGGUAGAAUACAAUGGUGAACAAAACCAACUCAAUGUAACAUUAUCUCCUAUCAAAUUACCUAAACCUGAUCGUCCACUCUUGUCAUUGAUGGUGGAUCUUUCAUCGAUCGUCUUAGACGACAUGUAUAUUGGUUUCUCUACAUCAACCAAGGCGGCUCCAGCAUCUCAUUACAUCUUGGGAUGGAGCUUUAAGAUGAACGGUCAGGCUCAGGUCCUUGAUCCAUUGCUCCUUCCUAAGCUUCCACGGAUAGGACCCAAAAAGAAAUCAAAGCUUUUAACAAUUGGGUUACCCGUAAUUGUGCUAUUUCUCACGUUAACGGGCAUCUCGGCUAUCGGUCUCAUCGUGAGAAGGAAGAUCAAGUUCGCUGAAGUACUAGAGGACUGGGAACGUGAAUACGGGACCCAUCGGUUUUUGUAUAAGGAUCUAUUCAUGGCUACUAAGGGCUUCACAGACAAAGAGCUCCUGGGGAUCGGAGGUUUUGGUAGGGUUUACCGAGGAGUUUUAUCGACCUCAAAUAUCGAAGUAGCUGUGAAGAGAAUCUCUCAUGAUUCUCGACAAGGGAUGCGGGAAUUCAUAUCCGAGAUCAUGAGCCUGGGUCGGCUCCGUCACCGGAACUUGGUGCAACUUCUCGGUUACUGCCGGCGAAAGAAAGAGCUCCUACUGGUCUAUGAUUAUAUGCCUAAUGGAAGUCUGGACAAGUUCCUCUUUAACCAUCCAAAUUCAAUGUUGAGCUGGAAUCAACGGUUUCUGAUAAUCAAAGGAGUAGCUUCAGGGCUUCUCUACUUGCAUGAGGAAUGGGAGCAGGUGGUCCUUCACAGAGACAUCAAAGCCGGCAAUGUUUUAUUAGAUAGCGAGAUGAAUGGUAGAUUAGGCGACUUCGGCCUUGCCAGAUUGUAUGAUCAUGGGGCUGGUCCACAGACGACCCACAUGGUGGGGACCUUCGGAUAUCUUGCACCGGAGCUGACUGCGACUGGGAAAGCCACCACAAGCACUGACGUGUUCGCAUUCGGAGCUUUCAUGCUAGAGGUUGCUUGCGGGAGGAGACCUAUCGAUCCCCGAUCAUCGACAGAUGAGGAAAUCUUGGUCGAAUGGGUGUCAGAAUGCUGGAGGAGAGGGACAAUACUGUCGGCCGCAGAUCCAAAACUUGGACUUGACUAUGAGGUGGAGGAGAUGGAGUUAGUGCUGAAGCUUGGAUUGCUGUGUUCACAUCCGUUGUCGGCAGAGAGGCCGAGCAUGUAUCAAGUAAUACAGUUUUUGGACCGUGGUGCACCUUUACCCGACCUCUCAUCCGACGGUUUGGGCGCGGCGAUCUUGGGGGUGGGCCAUUAUGAAGGGUCUUUUGAUUUACGCUUCUCAUAUCCUUCUUCUUUGAAUCAGGGGUUUGCAAGCACAUCAGUCCAAGAAUCGAUCCUCUCCAGCGGCCGUUGAUGGACGAUGGUAACGUGUUACACGAUGGAUAGGAAAUGGGAUUGACGUUGACCCGAAUAUACCUAGUUGACGUUGCUUUGGUUGGUGACGUUUCAUCCUUUUUUGUCGUUUAGCUUUGCUUUUCUCUGGUUGGAUGAUGCUUUUCUUUAAUAAGAAUCAUAUUUACAAAGGUCAUGAAAUAUUUUGCGUUUGGAAAUUUUAUAUGCGUUCAAGGA